GCAAACCCUAAAUAAGCACUGUAAUUGGGCGCGCGAAAAACCCUAAUUUCAUUGAUUGAACACUCUUAUCUAACAAGAGGCAAUUUUGAUUUUAUUUUGAAUCAUCAUCAUCAUCAUCAUCAUUAUCAAAAAGAAACGGUCAAGAUCAUCAACCUUAAAUAAUAAGUGGACCCACAUCUAAAUCACAGAGAAGUAGCAAAAUGAGCAAACCUGAGGAACCUGAAAAGAAGAUUCUUAACAAGAAGCUCAAAGAUGUUGAGAUUAGUGUUCCAAUAGUAUACGGAAACAUCUCGUUUUGGCUUGGUAAAAAGGCAAAUGAGUAUCAGUCACAUAAAUGGACUGUGUAUGUACGUGGGGCCACAAACGAGGAUCUUGGUGUGGUGAUAAAGCGAGCUGUUUUUCAGCUGCAUUCCAGUUUCAAUAAUCCAACUAGAGUCAUUGAGUCACCACCUUUUGAGCUAUCAGAGGCAGGGUGGGGUGAAUUUGAGAUUGCCAUCACACUAUAUUUCCACCAUGAUGUUUGUGAUAAACCUUUAAACUUAUAUCAUCAUUUGAAAUUGUACCCAGAGGAUGAGUCUGGUCCUAUGUCAAUCAAGAAGCCUGUUGUGGUGGAAUCAUAUGACGAAAUUGUGUUUCCUGAGCCUUCUGAGGGUUUCUUCGCUCGUGUGCAAAGUCAUCCUGCUGUAACCUUACCCAGAUUACCUGCUGGCUUUAGUUUGCCUCCUCCUGUACCAGUUGAGGAUGCAAGUAAGAGGAAGAGAGGUGACACUAAAGAUCAUCCUCUAAGCCAAUGGUUCAUGAAUUUCUCUGAAGCAGAUGAACUGUUACAACUUGCAGCAGCUCGUCAGCAGGUGCAAGCUCAUAUUGCCAAACUCAGACGGCAGAUAAGCUUGAUAGAUGGACAGCAUCAAAUAUUGAAAUCUCCAUCUGACCAGUGACUACAUUACUCCUGCGUUUUUCUUGAGAUUUCUACUUCACAUUGUUUCUAAAGCAGCAUCACAUGAUGGCAUAGGCAUGUAACAAUAAUAUUUAUUUUUUCAAUUGUGGGGAUUUUUGUCCCUUUUUUUUUCCUUUUUCUCUCCCCAGUCAAUGCCUAUAUAUGAAAAUCAUCUGUAUCAAUAAAGAGAAAAGGUGCACAAUUUGAUUAUUUAGCAGUAAAAAUUUAAUUUCACUCAA